AAAACCUAACCCCAGAAAUUCUAAUUUCGCUCCCUCAUUUAUUUCACAUCAUCUCAUCAUCUAUCACAAAGCAAAAAAAAUACCGCACUUCUACAGUCUUCAAAUCACCACAAACACACUCUAUUGGAGAAGUACUGAAGCUGGGGAAAAAUGGACCAAAUAUCUGGUUUGCCAGAAGCUAUACGUCAUGACAUUCUCGCAAGGCUUCCGGACAGAGAUUCUGCCAGGACUAGUGUCUUAUCAAAGGCUUGGAGAGAAACAUGGUCUACGUUUCCGAUAUUGUCUAUUUGCAGCGAUCAACAUUUUAAGAGUGAAGAUGUAACGGUAGACAAUUAUCAUAGCAAAAUAGACAAAGUUAUUGACUAUGUUGGGAGAAGAUUACUGAGGCUCCGCGACCUAGGCUUAGCAAUCAAAGAAUUCAAGCUCAUCAUGGACUAUGUAGACCAUAAGUGCAUGGCCCACCAUGUUGAUCUAUGGAUGAAGAUGGCUAUUGAAAGUGGUGGCGAAGUAUUACAUUUACAGCUUCGCCUCCCUGGUCGCUAUGUAGGGAGACACAGUCCGGACAGGUUUUAUGACCUUCCACUCAGUGUCAUUGAAUCCAAAUCACUUACUAAGUUGGUGUUGAUGGACCGAAUCAGAGUUAACCAAGCAUUCCUCACCCAUUCCGUCAAGCUUUACUCGGUCUUGAAGUUAUCAUACUGCUCUAACUUGGAGGAGCUUAACAUUGAUGCUCGAAAUUUAUUAUCAUUUGCGUACGAGGGAAACAACCAACCUGGUAUAUCUUUUCAGCAAUGUUCUAAUCAAUUGGAAGUCAAUAGUUUUAGCGAUGUGGAUUUUCAGGACCAUAGUAGCUUGAGGAAAUUUGUCCAAAACAUUAAACCCCAAAAGAUUUGGGCAUCAGUCUCCCUCUUUAUCUGUCUGUCAAUUCUAACUGAACCAGAGCAGGGUGCAUUCCAAGUUUCAUCUAUUCCUCCAACUAUUAAACGCUUGGAAUUGCAGUUUUCUCCGGACUACGAAGCUUUCUAUUUCCCUUUUAUGAAUUACUUGCUUUCAAGUUGCUGCCCGAACUCUAUUUCAUUUAGUUUUCGCUCUUAUGUUCAUGGUAAAGCAUUCAUUCAGGUAUGUCAUUAUCCUCAAAUUUUCUCUGAGUCUUGCAUUGAGUCUUGCAUUUACAACGACAACAGUACUUCCAUCCCAGCAGUGACUGCAUUUGUAUUUAUAUACUUUAUCAUCGAUAUGUUCUUUCUAACUCCGUUUGUUAUUUUGCAAAAAACAACAGUUUUUGUACGAGACACUGAUGGGAAGAAAGGAAGGGAAGUGCCACUGCAGUUCAAGUAAUACAAAAUGUUGGUGGCAUGCCUUGAAGAUUGUCAAGGUUAUUUGUACGUUCAAGAUUGAUGAGAACGCCGACUUUAAGACCAUGUUAGAUGCAUUGCCAACAUGUUGU